AGGAGCCGCGGCCGCGGUGGCGGCGGAGUGGCGCUGCCCGGCCCGGGAGACAUGAGCGGCCAGCCCUGCCCCGGACGGAAGGAGGACGGCCGCCCGCCGCUCGGCCCGUGAUGGGCUCCUGCGUCUCCCGAGAAUUGUUCACAAGUGCCCACAAGGACUGCCCUCUGCCCAGGGACCUAGACUGCCCAGCCCCGGGCCUCCCCUCCAGCUGCCUUCCCCAAGCUGCUCCAGACCAUGCCACCAAUAAGGAAAAACAAAUGGAUUUCUGUUGGGAUCCCUGGCAGAAAUGCUUCCGGACACCCAAUGGCUUCCUGUCUGAGUCCAAGACCUGCUCUAGUAACUACAAUGUGGCCGCCCUAGCCACCUCAUCCCUGGUGGGUGUGGUGCAGAGCAUCAAGGACCAUAUCACGAAGCCCACAGCCAUGGCUCGGGGCCGAGUAGCCCACCUGAUCGAGUGGAAAGGCUGGAGCGCCCAGCAGUCAGGCUGGGACCCAUCACCAGCAGAGGAGGAACACUACAGUUACCUUCCUGAUGAGCUUCGGGAGGCCCGAUUUGCUGCAGGUGUUGCUGAACAGUUUGCCAUCACUGAGGCCACACUGAGUGCUUGGUCCUCAAUAGAAGAUGAGGAGAUGUGCCCUGGAGAGAACUCGCAGGAUGUCAUCCCCCUACAGGACCUGGGCAGCAUCUACCUGCAGGACAACCUCCUGAAUGGGCCAAUCCUGGAUGGCAGCCUUCAGGGCUUCUCCUCCCUCUCCUCAUCGCUCCCCGCCCCUGGCCUGCCUGCCGAGAGUUGGGACUCACCCGAGGAGCCAUCUACGGGGAGACCAUGGCCGCCCAGCCCCGAAAAGCAGGGGCUGCUGCUGCAGGGAGAAGCGGAGGCCGGCGAGGGCCAAACCCCAACAGAGCCCAGGAGCCAGCUCCACGGCUCUCUCCACUAUGUGGACAGCAGCUCCCUGUCGGAGGACGAGGUCUUCUACAACUGAGGCCGGGCCCUAGGCUGGCCCUGGGGUGGGCCCGAGAAGGACACCAGUGGGAGGAAGGAGGAUCGGGGGCCCCUCCUUUCUUCACCAACCCCGUUGACCUCCCUGCCCUGAUGCUCAUACCAUGCCAAGGGGGGCCACCAGGGGCCUGCUUGCCCCUUUCAGCUGUGGCCCAGGAUCGAGGGGCAGCAGAGUUCCCGAUGUCUAGAGUUGAGGGCUGCUCCCCCAUAGUUCACAGGACCCAUGUCUCUCCUUCCUGAAGAGAUGGGCAAGUCAGGCACCAGGUGGGCAUGGGGCCAUGGUGGAGUCAUUAAGACUCCUUAGGAAACCAAUUGGUGCCUCAGUUUACCCCCCUUGUUCAAUGGGAGCCAUAUCCCACCGCCCCUUUCCUUUCUCUUUCAGUUUGGAGAGUAAGGUUGGGCAGAAGCUGGCUCAGGGGUCUUCUGUAUUCCCCAUCAGAGCCUCUGACACUUCUUAGCCCCUCCUUAGGGUCCAAAAGGAUGCUGAGCUCUGUGAUAUCAAGUUGCCCCAAGAAGCCCCCUGCUAUCCCCUUAGUGGUGGCAUGGAGGGCACUUGAAGGUAGCGAGGGAUUUGAGGGGGGUGUCUGAACCCCUAGGUUCCAUUCUCAGUCUCCCCCAACAUCUCACACUUCUACCUAGGGUAAGCUCUCUCUUACCCCUCACUCCCUCUACGCUUCUUCCUGUCUCCCUCCCCCCACCCUCCUAUGAGGUGGUGACUCCCUCCCCUGGCAGCUAAAGGCCCCCCUCCUCUUGUCACUGUGACCGUCUGUCCAUCUUCACACUGUAGCACUUCCUGGACACGCCAGGGAUUGGAUCCCAAAUUAGUGGAGAUCCUCCCCUGACACGUCCCAACAGGACUCCCUUGGUGGACAGUCUUCCCCUCUCUCUCCACCCUAUCCCUCCCUUUCCUUUCCCCCAUGUUCUCUGAAGACAUUAAAGUGGUGGAUUUGCCCAGUAGCUAGCCAGCUUGAUCUCUUCAGAGUGGGUGUGGGGUGGCCAUAAUCCUUGGCUCCCUAGCUCUGUGAGAACCUCCAUGCAGACACCACAGAAACCUAGUUGGGGAGCUAACCUUGGCCAGAGCUGUAGUUUGCUGUGAUAACUGACCAAUGAGGCUAUACUUACUUGUGUGCGAAUUGCACUCUGGGCACUGCCUUCUUAGCCCCAUUUUGGUUUCCCCAGUUGGGGCUGGCAGCAGGA